AUGACCAGCACCGACCCCACUAUUAGCACCAUGUCCUGGGAGGGCGACCACAUGUUUAACGUAUACGUGCAUGAUUAUUGCAUCAAGCAUGGGUUCUUCAAGACUGCAGCCGAGCUUCGUAGGGAGGCUGGUCUCAGUGAUGCAGCACCUCCCAUACAGACAAAGCAGGGCUUCAUUUUCGAAUGGUGGAGCGUUUUCUGGGUUACUUUCAAU